AUGCGAUGCGAUCGAGAUGCUGCUGGUGAUGAUCUCUGUACUCAAACGCAGCUGACCAUCAUCAACUCGCUCAUUCACACUCACACUCUCCACCUCACCUUACUCACACGUACGUACGUACGCAGCAUACAGAAAGCCGAUUCGCUCAGCAUGUCCAGCUCGACCAGUCCAGCUGCAGCGCAAGCUUGCAGCUCAGGCUCAGGCACAGGCACAGGCUCAGGCUCAGGCUCAAAAGGGGGUAUGGGCUCAUCCAGCGCACAAGCCAACGCACUCGGCAUCUCCUCGUCCAGCUCAUCCAGUGCGCUCCUAUCGCUGACACCCACUCACCAACAAGCGCUCCAACAAAUCUCCAGCACCGAUCAGCUGCCCGAAGACUUGGACUGGAAAGAGAUGAAGAGCGCGAUGAUUUCACAUUUGAGAUGCGUGGUGCAGCAGUGGGAUACGAGGUUCGAGAGGGGGAAAGAGAUUCAUAGAGCUGCUAGGAAUGUAGCGUCGUCGGAUGCGGUGCAGGUGCAACAGAUGCAGAUGCAGACGCAGACGCAGCACCAGAUGCAGGGCCAAACAUCUCAACCCAAUGGCGAUUAUCUCGAGCGCCCGCCCACCAAUAUCCUGUCCGACGCUGAGUCUGCUUCCACCUUGCAAAGCGUGCAUCAACCGCCCGUUUCCGCAUCCGCAUCCGCAUCCGCAGCGACAACGGUUGACGAUGAUGAUGUCGUUCUCCCCGCCGAUCUGUCCAACUUUUACCCAAGCAAGACCACAGCUCCGCUGAGCAAGCCAUGGUAUGGAACGUGGGGCUUGCACUUGGAAGGUCAAGCGUUGGAGGAUGAAGUGCAAGAUGUUUGCGCAAGGAUAGAAGCUUUCGACAACGCGCCCUUUACGAUUCAACGUCUAGCCGAGCUCAUGUUGAAUCCCAACGAGCACGCGCGGACAGUCAGCAAAUACCUUUCGAGUCUCAAGCGCGUACUUUCAGUGACUGCAUCUCACGCAUCCUUCCUCGACAUCGAAAGCACUCGUUCUGCAAAUGUCCCAAGCACGGACGCGAACGGGAGCGGAAGUGGAAGCGGGAUGGUUGGUGGGACGUAUGUGAGAGAAGGAUCCAUCUUUUCAGAGACUGGAUCCACAUCCACCUCCUCAUCAGUUGGCUCUUACGAUACGCUCGCACCUCUAAGCAAUCCAAUCUUUUCUCCCAUUCCUUUUCUGAUCCGACCAUCCUCCGAAGAAGGCCCACUUGCUUCCAGCUCUCAACUGGAUCUAGAUCUCGACCUGACUUCCUCUUCUUCUCAUCCCGACGCUUUCGAAGCUGUUGGUGCGAGCACAAAUCCGGACGAAGCGAUGGGCUUGGACUUGGGUUUGGGACUGGGCCUUGGACUUGAAGGAGCUGCAAAUGGGAACGAAAAUGAGGAUGGCAAUGGAGCUGCAACGCGUGGGUUUGGGUUGCAUGGAGCAGGAGCAGGAGCAAGCGCGGGCGUGGGAGGACCGGGAGCUGAAUUGGCAGGAGCGGACAGGACGACGUCAGAUGCGCAAAGGCUCGCUCAAGUUCAAGGAAGAGGGACUGGCGCGCCCGGAACACCCGGUGCGAUCGGUAGCGCGAGUACGAGCGCGUCUAAUCCUACCACUACUGCUACUGCUGCUGCUGCUUUCUCGUUGCUCGAAUCGCAGCCUGUGCAGCAUCUCGAAGCACAGCAGCAGGCGCACGCGAAAGAGAUGGCUGGUAAAGUGGCAGCUAGGGAUGCCGGAGCGAAUACGAGCGCAAAGUCGACGCGCAUGGACGAUGGUCAGAUCGGUGCGAGCGACAAUGGCAAUGAGCACGCGACGCAACGGUCCAAUGGAGACUUUGCGAGUACGACUGGUCAUUCUGCCAACCCGAUAGUCGGCGCCACUACGAGUGCAGGUGCGGGUGCGGGUACCGGUACGGGUGUUGCUACAGCAGCUGCAGGAGGUGCAGGAGGAGGGGCUAGAGCUCCAAAUGUGCCUACGGUACCUCUUGGUGUGCCCAAAGGAAAAGUGGACGAAUUGGACGACGUAGAGAAUCACCCUUCGACGAGGACGACGACGACGGGUGGUGCUGCCCCUCUUGCCGCGUCUGCUGCUGCUGCUGCUGCUGCUGCUUCGACUGCUGAGGGAAAGCAAGCAGAGGGAAACGAGAUGCAGGUGGAUGGGGAUGGGAUGUUGAAUUUGGAUAGGCAACAGCCGGAACAAGAAGAAGAGGGCAAGAGAGCAAAGAGGAGCAGAGCGUGAGACAAGGGGGUGGGGGGAGAAAACGGGGAAAGAAUGACAGACAAAAGAAGACAAAUGGCAAAAAGGAUCAUCUUCCCUCCUUUCUCCCACGCUUCUCUUUUGUCCCCCUCCCCCUCUCUUCCCCUCAUCACCCUUUUCUACUCGUCUCGUAUCCCUUUGGCUAUGCUUGUCACGAUGUUGCGAAUUCUGCAAAAGUCAUCCCCCUCGCUCCACCUUGCGCCUCACGCCCACCUGCGCCUUCACGCAUCUUGAUGAUGCUCUUGUCUUGUGUCGCCGAGCAUCCUAUACAGCUUACAUGCAGUCCAUCAAGAAACAUGCUCGAUCUGGGGACGCGCGCCUCAAAGUCGACGGAACGCAAGUUGUAUAAAAGCGACUUGCAAAUUAAUCUUGCGCGAGCGACGUUUGGAC